AUGCUGUUCAUCAAUUUUUGGAUACUCUCACUCUGUGUCAUCACGAUCGCUUAUCAGAAUCAGUAUCCUCAAAACUCGCCUGCUAAUUAUCCUGAAUCCAGAAGUUAUCACGACUUCUAUGAUAAUAACUACAACGAACCCGGUGAGAUUUCAGUCGUUAUAUUUUAUGGCAAAAAGUUUAAUAUGAUAUUUUUCUAAUAUUAACGCGAAGUCAUUUAGAAUGCGGCAGCUGUGAAGAUAUCACAGUUGGAGUGAGAGGCGCAAACCAAAGCCUGGCGAGCGCAGAGUGAGUUUUAGUAUUGAAACUUCGCUAGAAGCUUUUUUCAGCUACACGACUGACGAACAUGGCUGUAGGAAGGCGUUGUUCUUUUGUGCCAAUUCAUCUUUGCCAUUGAACUUUUUCGCUCAGAACAAGCUUGUCGCGAUGGGAGUUAAUCUGCAGUAUUACGCCAAGUGCUCCAACGGAAAGUGAGCUCUAGAAAUAGUUUAAAUUAUUGCAAAAAAAAAGUAAGGCCUUUUAUGUUUGCUAUGAAAUCAAGAUGAAUGCGUACACUUGCGAUUUCUCUGCAAUAUAAAAAAUCAUUUGACCAUGUUAAAUUUGAAGACAAAAAAAGUUAAGGUGGAAGACGAUGAACGCCUGGGGUGAGAGCUUCCAUUUCAAGUACGCCGUCUGCAUGCUCAGUUCAAUCACUUCCCCUCUUCCGGCUUAACCUCCAGGUUUUUCUACCAAUCUUUCUUUCAAACAUCUUCAAAAAAAAUUUAUUUUUCUUGCACAAGCUCAACAAAAUCCUUAUUAGGCACUUCAUCCCGUAUUUCUUCGUCGUUCUCAAGAUUGA